CUUGAGGGAGCUCGCGGAGUCGCGGGAACAUCGAUAUUCAGACAACAUCAUUGGACGUCACAUACCGCAAAGCCCCAAACCAAACCAUCAGUUAAACGUUAACCUCGCAUAAGUGUCAGUGAAAGAAUCUUUAACCUAUCCAAAAUAUCAGCUUUCUUUCUGAAUCUUCUUGAUUUCUAGCAUAACAAUUCAGUUCAUGGCUGCUCAAUUCAAGUGUUUUACUACUCACCUCACUUUUGGACAAUGUACAACCAAACCCAUGUUUCCUUUCUCAUCUAUUAAUUUCACUUCACCUAAAAAAGCCCCACUUUUUAACAGCCCUUGUUCACUGAAGCAUUCCUCACCUAGUUUGGAUAGAGGUCUUUCAGCUGUGGUUUCUGAAGAAAGUGCUGUGGAAUCAAGUUCUAGUGGAACUGGUUUAUUCAGACUCACUUAUUUGGAGGGAAACAGUUGGCUGUGGGAAGUUGGAGGCGUGAAAAUUUUGGUUGAUCCAAUCUUAGUUGGGAACUUGGAUUUUGGAAUUCCUUGGCUUUAUGAUGCUGCUAAGAAGGUUUUAAAGAAUUUCCAGCUUGACAAUCUUCCUCAAAUUGACUGCUUAUUAAUUACACAAAGCCUUGAUGAUCACUGUCAUUUGAGGACCUUAAAGCCCCUCUCUCAGAAAUAUCCAGGUCUGAGAGUUAUAGCAACUCCCAAUGCCAAGCCAUUGUUGGAUCCCCUUUUCAGCAAUGUCACUUAUUUGGAACCUGGCGAGGAGUCUGAGAUUGAUGUGAUAAACAGUUCACCAGUUAAACUUCGGGCUACUGCAGGACCGGUUCUUGGUCCUCCUUGGCAGCGCCCGGAAAAUGGGUAUCUUGUUAGUUCUGCACAGGGUGAGCUGACUCUUUACUAUGAACCCCACUGCAUGUACAACAAGAACUUCCUGGAACAGGAACGCGCUGACAUUGUAAUCACACCUGUGAUAAAGCAGCUUUUACCAAAAUUUACUUUGGUUUCUGGGCAAGAGGAUGCUGUUCAGCUUGCAAAACUACUCAGUGCCAGGUUUAUUGUGCCUAUGAAGAAUGGUGACCUUGAUGCUAAAGGUUUUCUUGCCAGUAUCAUUCGGGCUGAGGGAACAAUAGAAUCAUUCAAGGAAAUUUUGUUGAAGGAACUACCAGAUGCAAAGGUACUAGAGCCCACUCCUGGCGUACCAUUGGAUAUUCCAAAACCAUAGAUGUUUCAACAUAUGCAUAUACUCCACUCAUUUCAGCAACUGAGAUUUGAUGUACAUUUGAAGAGGAUCCAUCUACAGAUAGCUAAUAAUCAUUAUUUGAAUAUUUGUAGCGGCCCCUUGAUUUUUUACCAUUUGUAACCGUUCCACUGCUACUCGAUCUGUCUAGGUUACUGGUACAACUUAAAGAAUUUACAAAUCUUGGUAACCACAUUUGAAGAGAAUUUACAAAGUUC